AUGCCGAGAACACUGCCUUGGUUGCUGAGCCCGGAGAACGAUGCGCGCGUGAAACGCGAAUCCACACCGCGAAAGCGCGUCAAACGAGAGCGUUUUCCGGACGACGACCCAACUCCAAAGAAACCUCCCACGUCGCCUGAGGGGCGCGACUUCUUUAGGUCCUCUCAAACCCCACCUACCUCGCCAGCUCGACCUUGUCCCGCCGAAGAGUUCCUGGUCGAGGGUUUAGAUAAUGAUGAUGCAUGGGUUAUGGUCGAGGAUGAAUUCUACUCCAUCGCUCAAUCUUUCACACAACAUCUACACUAUGCGGAAUACGUUCGACGAAAAAAGGAAGCCAAAGCGCAGAGCGCGGACGCGAUGAAAGCGCUCGAGAGGCCUACAGAUGGCCAAACGCCAAUCCCAAAAGAACUGCGGCAGAGGAAAGAGGCAGCAGCGCUCGCUGCACGCCAAAAGGCAGCGCUAGAGCAAGCCGAGGGAUCGGAGGGUAACAAGGAGGAUACGGACGAUGAUGAUGAUGCAUGGGCUGGGACCCAUCUUCAUGGCCUUAUGACAAGCCCGAGAAAAUCGCGCUCGUUGGCGGGUAUACAUACAAUGAAGUCUUUCACAAGAGCCGCUGCAGGCUUUGGACAGGCUGUUAGCUCAAACGGCGACCGAGCCGCGACCAGGAUCUCUCCACCAGCUCCAUUAUCAAGAGCAGCAGAAGCUCAUCGGGUUGAACUCGAUGAGGAGACAGCGUCAGACGAGGAUGACGAUCUUGAUGGGGCUGUUCCAAUCCCGAUCCCCCCACCGAGGCGUCUGGGAAGCCAUGGCCCAGCAAGCGCAGAAAGCCUACAUACGAAGCAUGGCCGAAGCGAAAGGAAUAAUACUUUUAGGAGAAAGGAAGAGAUGUCCGCACCGAAGCGGGCAAGCCACAGACCGGCCAACGGAUACAAGUCAAGAGUUCAAAUGCUAUUCGACGACCUCGAUGAGCUACCAGAGCCAUCCCGAUCCAACUCUUCUACCUCCGACAUGCAAACAGACCCGUCCAGGAAACAUACUACCGACCUGGGUCCUGAAACUAGCAAUUUUGAAACCACAAAUUCUCGCUUUAACAACGUUCCAACUUUUUUGUUAUGA